CCGAUUGGUAUACUUUAAGGUGUGUAUAGGACCAAUAUUAUUGUGCGUUAUAAACAUCAGCAUAAACCCAAUAUACCCUCCCCACUAAAAUGGUGUAGGGUAUAAAAUUUGUAGCCGGGUUAUAUUAUCUAGAUCCGUGAAGACAUUCUCUACAAAGCUGUAAAAUUUGUUUUUUUCUGGUUCAAAAAUCAAUCGGAUAUUAUUAAUUAAUAUCGAUAAAACAUUUAACUUAACCCUCUUUUCAUAAUUUUUAAGCCGCCACCAAUUUUACCGCUAGUCAACGCCUUUGUUAAUGUUUAUCGACGCAGGACUCUGUAUUCAACUCUGCUGCAUUUUUCUAGUAAAAUUACAAUAAUAAUAAAAUUUUUAAACAAUUGGGAAAACAAAGUGGAAAAUGUCUUCAUUGACAAGAGAAAAUAUUCCACAUCUAUGUCGAGCUUGUUUAAGAAAUCUAAUAAAAAGUGAAAUUCAACCUUUAAAUCGCUCCCAAAAACAGGAGCAACCUCAUUUCUAUCAUAUUGAACGCACACAAAAUCUUAACAAAUGGAUGGCUAUCAUUAAUCCUUUGGAGGAUGUGACACGUCUUAGUACAAUAGUGCAACAUCAAAAAUAUCCCGAAUAUGUGUGUCGUUCAUGCUAUGAAAAUUUCAAACAUGUUAAUGAUUUUAAAGAAAUGGUUGUACAUUCCUUUAGUGUUUUAACGAAAUUACUGACUGGUGGAGAAGAGAAAAAGAAACUAACACCUGCCACACUGUUGCCAGAAGUUGUGACACAAAGUGAAGUUGUAAUAAAAUCUGAACCAAUAGAUGAUGAUGAUGAUGAAGAUGACGAUGAAGAGGAUGAUGAGGAAUUUAUGGAUAAAGAUUGGCAACCGGAUGAGGAUGAUGACAAUGCAAGCAAUGAUAAUGCUUUAGAAUUGCAAAGAAAUAUUAAAUUGGAAGAUACAAAAUUUGUCGAUCCUUUAAUGGAACCAUCAUCAUCGUCAUCUAACCUCUUGGAGAAGGAUGAAGGUCAGCCGAAAGCUACAAAAGCCUACAAGUGUCCUAUAUGCAAAAGUAGUUACAUACACAGAUACACCUAUGUCGCACACAUACGACAAAUGCAUUUGGGUAUUGAACAUGCCUUUGAAUGUGACAUCUGCCACAAAACUUAUACGAAAUUUUGUAAUCUAUAUCGUCAUAUGCGUAAAGAUCAUAAUCAAUCAUUGCGACAAUAUAAGUGUGAAUAUAGUAAAUGUAAUCGCAGUUUUCGCCAAUUGACUACACGACGUAAACAUUAUGAAAAAUUUCAUAAUCAUGAGCCUUUACCAGAUCAUGUGGAUAGAAUUUCGCAAGAAUGUCUCCAGCAGGAAGAGUUGCAAAAUUUACAACAUUCCCCGGCAAAGACAACUUCAACGCCGAGCACAGCAGCAAAUGUGGAUGCAGACAAUCUAACGAAAGCUACCGCUCUAAUCAAUAAACGUUCCUAUAUAUGUCCUAUUUGUGCUGGCAAAUUUGAAACAUCCUACGAUCUAAAGGUUCACAUGAACAAUGAUCAUAAAGAUGAUUUGAAAUUUCGUUGUAAUAUUUGUGGUAAACAUAAGAUUUCUCAAUUGAAAUUGGAUGAACAUAUUACAACGGUACAUGAAAAUCCCAUGGUAACAUGUCAUGUUUGUAAAAAAAUCCUAAAAUCAAAAAGUCAUCUAAGACAGCAUAUACUAUCGGUGCAUAAUGGUGUUAAACCUUUCUCCUGCGAAUACUGUCCAGCUAGAUUUGCUGCUAAGAAUACCCUAAAGGUUCAUACACGCCUACACACCGGCGAGAAACCAUUUAAAUGUUCCAUAUGUGAUCGUCGUUUUACCCAGUUGACACCAAUGAAGAAACAUUUGAUAACCCAUGAAAAAGGACAUCGCAAUGCAAUCGACUAGGUUAUCUCCCUCUUCUAUUUGUGUUUAACUAUUAUCAUUUAUUUAUUUUUUUAUUAUUUAAUUGAUUUAAUUAAU